AUGGCGAGUCCCGGAACUGAAUAUCAGGUCAACGCGAUGAGCCUGGAAUGGAACCUGAACCACACAACAACAACCGUGAAGAUCUACAACCAAACCAUCAUCCUACCGACUCACGUGUACGUGAAGACCUUUCUAUUUAUAGUCCGGGUCGUGCUGACCCAGGUGGUGUGCGUACUGGGCGUGAUCACCAACCUCCUCAGCAUUGUCACGUUCGUGACACAGGGGCUCCGUGACACCGUGAACAUCUCCCUCCUGGGGCUCGCCGUCUCAGACUUGUUUUCCCUGCUCACUUUACUGUGGCUGAACACGUGCUACGCGCCUUCGUUCCUAUCCAUGCAGCUUCCCUUUCUGCCGCUAGACGUCGCUUACCUAACCGGAGGCUGGCCGCACGUCUUCUUCACCAGAACCACCACCUGGAUCACCGUCUACAUCACCAUUGAGAGAUGCGUCUGUAUCGCCGCGCCGAUGAAGGUUAAAGACAUAUUCACCCCCAAACGAACGCAAGUCUACAUCCUACUCGUAUAUCUCGUCAUGCUGGGCAGUGUGGCGCCUAUCUACUACACGGCGCGCUUUUCAGAAAACUUCAAUCCCGCAAGGAACAUAACUCUGCUGGGUAUUACUUUCAUUCAAGACAGAAACAACAUAGAGACUGUCUCGUUUCACAUAAACAAUAUCCUGCCUUUAACCGCUUUCAUUUUAAUUCUCACCGGAACCGCUAUUUUAGUAACAGAGCUAAAACGAGUUUCAAAAUGGCGGCUGCGUACUUCUGCUAACUUAAAAGCCAACGACUUGGUAGCAAGGGACACAAAAGUGAUGAAAAUGAUCGUGUUUAUUUCAACUAUUUUCAUCUUUUGUUAUUUACCUGGAACUGUCGUGUUCAUAUGGAUGAUGAUUGACUCUGGUCUUAGACUAGACGGGAACAACUCCAGUUCCUUUGAAAUGGCGUUCGCGACAUUGUUUUUUCUGGAAGCAUUGAACUCCUCAGUCAACAUUUGCGUCUACUUAAGUAUGAGCACUAAAUUCAGAGAGACGUUUCUGCGGAUCUUUCGAUGUACACGGAAAUCAAGCAGUACAAAACCAAAGCCAAACAACACAUAA